AUGGACGGCCCAAGAUACGUGGCACCUUCGCAGCGGCUGUACCGCGCCCGUCACAAAAUUACGCGAAAAGACUUGUGGAAGUCUUAUACGGUGGACGACCUGACCCUUUCUGUGGACGAACCGGCUCUUCUGGACUUCUCAGUUCCGGUGCUUGACUUCAAAAAGCCUCCUAAGAAGACUGUGAGCAGCUCGGAAAGGUCCUCGUCGAUUUUCUCUCAACCAUGCGGGGCUGGUUCGGAGUACGGAUCGCAGGACGAUCUGGGUUCUACGGCAAAUGGAGAGCUUCAGAACCUGAUGUUUCGCAACUAUUCUCUCGACUCAAUGAUAUUACAAAACAAGAAGCGCAUUACGGACCACGAGAACAAUGUCUCGCUCCUGAAGGCCGUCUCGGAGACGUCGGCAGCGAACAACAAGAAUUACAGGACCUGCUCUCGGCCCUCCUCUCUACCACCGAAACUAUCGAAAGAAAAGGUACUGCAUGAAAAUGCCAUCGAAGAGCUUGUUCGGCAUGCUGAGCGACUGGAACAUCGGGAUGCGAGGGUUCUCAAGUACACUAAUAGAAAGCUUUUACGCAGGGAAGCACACGCGCAAAAACAGUGGGCAGAGAUUGGGCAAAAGAAAAACAAGGACAUUUUACUAGAAGUUCGGCGCCGUGGCCUGGUGCUAGACGGACUGCCCUGGCAACACAGACAGAGGGUUUAUGACUUGUGCCUAAUCAAAAACUUGGAGGCACCUCCCUCAGCCCCACUGCUGGCCGACAUUCGGUCUGCAAUUGAGGAUGCAGUCGAGGAUAGGGGCGACGAGAUCUUUUGCAAUCUCUAUGCUCGAUCGAAGUGGCUGAAGAAUGGUGCUCCUCCCGCCUUCAACUUCUACCAAGUUUUCGAGCUCGAGUUCGAAUCAUUGUACUACCAUAUAACCAUUACGCUGGGGCUUGACCCAGUUCGAGAAUUCGUAUGGCCUUUAUUGGCCACAGUACUCUGCCAUUAUUUGAACCGCGGUCCAGCAGACAUGGUAGUGAGACUCGUUGAUACCUUGGUACUAACUUCAUACUACGGUGAAAUAGACGAAGUGUUCGACAAGAUUUGGGAGAUUGUGCUGAAAGAACAGUCUCAUAAGUUCUUCGGUUCUCGCGAGAGCGUUCAUGACGAGCUGAGAUCAAUUCACGCUCACCUUCCGACGCUUCUACAGACCCUUCAAGCGCAAUCCGGACAGGCAAAAGAGGUUAAGCAAUAG